AUGGCAUCUACCUCCUUCCCAACGCUGACUUACUCUAAAUCGCAAUCGCAGCCACAAACACACCCGCAUUCGCAGUCACAACUGCAGCCUCCAUCAUCAUUGCAACGCUCUUCUUCAGCUCAGCGGUACCAGACGCAACCCAUUCCGCUUUACAAAGGCUUUGCAAGGAGCGCGUCCCACCCCAUCGGCCCCGGAAAUACAAGAGAGGAUGAAAAGAACUUUAUUGCGCAUCACGGAGAGCGGCAGCAGAUCGUACCGCCGGAGAGGGUUCACCAUGAUCCAGUCAACGGGAAGCUCGGCUUCUCUUCUAAAAAGCUGAAGGUCACGGAUUUCGAGUUGAUGAAGACAUUGGGGACAGGCACUUUCGCGCGUGUCUGGCUGGCACGGCUCGCAAAUCCAAAGCACGAAGACAAGAACAAGGUGUUUGCGUUGAAAGUCUUAAAAAAGGUAGAUGUCAUCAAGCUCAAGCAGGUCGAGCAUGUACGAAAUGAACGAAAUGUACUCGCUGCGGUUGCCGGCUAUCCUCUCAUUACCACUCUCGUGACAAGUUUCUCGGAUGACACUAGUCUAUACAUGCUGCUCGAAUACACACCUGGCGGCGAAAUAUUCUCUUACCUCCGCCGAGCACGCCGUUUCCCAUUCACGACGGUCCAAUUCUAUGCCGCCGAAAUUACACUGAUCCUCAGCUACCUGCACGACGUCGUCCACGUGGCAUAUCGAGAUCUUAAACCGGAAAACAUCCUCCUUGACGCCGACGGCCAUCUCAAACUCGUCGAUUUCGGAUUUGCCAAAUACCUGCCACCGGCUCCACCAGGCGGUAACAGCAGUGAGAAUGGCCAAGUCGGUUCAGAUGCCCACGGCCGAGGCGUCACCUACACUCUCUGUGGCACACCGGAAUACCUAGCUCCAGAAGUGAUCCGCAACCAAGGACAUGGCAUGGCAGUCGACUGGUGGGCGCUUGGGAUCCUAGUCUACGAAAUGCUGAUCGGCCAACCGCCCUUCUGGGACCAAAACCCCAUGCGCAUCUACGAACAGAUCGUCGCCGGACACAUCCGAUUUCCUUCCUCAUCGUCCUCCUUCCACAUCAACACCGCUUCCAAACAGUUCAUCCUCGCUCUCUGUCGCACUGACCCCACCCAAAGGCUGGGGUUCAUUGCAGGCGGGAGCGGGAGGGUAAUGAAUCACCCAUUCUUUGACGGCGUCGAUUGGGAUAAGCUGUAUUAUAAGAAUGUGAGGGGUCCGAUCAUACCGAGGGUCGAGUGGGCGGGUGAUGCAGGGAAUUUCGAUGAUUAUCCCGAUCCGGAGGAGGGCGAGGAAAGCGAGGGCGGGAGAGGGCCGUAUACGGAGGAGUUAAGGAGGGAGUAUGAGAAGGCUUUUGAGGACUUUUGA